GRUCCCGUCCGGUGAACAGUCUUGCACAGUGCUCCGAAGUGUUGGUUUAUUCUCAACAUUAAUUGUCCAACGAUUCUGAAAUAGAACACAACGGUUUUUUUUCUUCAGGAGUAUUAUAAUAAAUCACCUAGUUUAGUAAUUUUUAUUUUCAAAAAUCCACGAUCAUAUACAAUAAUGAUCCGUUGUCAAUUGUACGCCGUAGUUGUCUUCGCAUUCGGGUGUCUGGUCUUGUUACCURACCACAGCAAAGCAAUCAACUGUUGGGUGUGCUCCACGGACACGGACCAACGUUGCAACGACCCGAUGAACAUGACCAAAGGUGCAAUCGAGGACUGUAGCAGAGCACCGCAUUCGGCUUUCUUACAGCCUGUGUGCAAGAAACAAAAACAAAGAGUAAACGGCGAGUUGCUGAUUAUCCGGUCAUGCGCUUGGGCUUCGGACAGCCGGAAUGACGACGGGCCCUGCGCCAUUAACACCCCGGCGAACAUACGCAUCGAACACUGCAGCACGUGCGACCAGGACCUUUGCAACGGCGCAGUGGUCAUCGGAGGUUGCACCGUAUUCCUGACCAUGGUUUUAGCGGUUACGGUCCAUCUUGCUACCUAUUAACACAGUAACACUCCUCAUGUUUCUUUUUUUUUUUUUUACUCCGAACACUUACUUUUCCGACCCAACAAAACACACGGUCAUGUCUACGACAAUCACGUAGGCAUAUGACGCACAUUUAUAUGGUUAUAUAUUAUAAACUGUUUGUUCAACCAUAUAUAUUUAUAUUAAUAUUAUAUAAUAUACAUUUUAUACCUAAUAGUAUAUUGGUACCUACACCCUGAAGUACUACCAUUUACCCUCCCAUAAUAGGUAUAGAUCUAUUCCAAGACACAUUUUACAUUCCAAAGCGAAAGUAUAGGUAUUAUACCUACACGCCACAAACAACAAGUAUAAUAAUACAUUUAUACAUAUUUUUAUGUAUUUAAAUAUAUUAGGUACAUUCUAUGUGUAUAUGAUUUCUUCGGUAUUAAACAUCUCUAUAUGAUUCUUGUAAAUUUAAUUUAAAUAAUAAAGUUUUAUGAUUGAAUACCAUCCUAUCGAUAGAAAUUGUAAAUGGUUAUUAAGAAUUACAUAUUUAUAAGUUAUAACUUAUCAUAUCAUUAUAAACUUAUCUUCUUUUUCUUUUUCUUCUCUCACGACUAUAUAGUGUCGGCCACCCUUGUCCUACACAUACACAGAGCUCUAUAUUCUCCAUAUUACAAAUUUAAAAUUACCUAUUAUUUAAAUGUUUGUUUUGUUAUUUAAUGUGAUUUAUUAAUAUUAAUUAAAAAUCUAUGUAUCAUCUACUUUUUUGAUACAAAAUAGGUUUACUUAAGUAUUUUAUAAGAUUAUUUACAAUAAUACUUAAUUAAUAGAUAUAACC